AUGGCAGCUGAGCGUCGAGAUGGGAAGCCGUCGCUCCGGGUGGCCAUUGAAGAGAUCAGGAGCUAUGAGGACUUUGUGAAGUUCCGAGGAUCCAGGAAAGAUGAGCCAAUCUUGCUGAGGAAUGCCGCCUUCAACCGGCCCGCGGAUGGCUUUACACUUGAAUCCGUCGCGGAAGCGUUGAAAGACCUGAAGUUGCCGCAGAAAUCCUUGUCUGCGAAACAGGGCGGAAACGCCUCGCAGUGUACUCUGCUUGUUGCAAAUCAAGGUCAGAAUGCUGUCAUCGAUGCCAAGCCCGACUUUUGGGACCCGCAAGGCUGCUCCUUUGGCAUCUUGGCAGAGAAGAUCUGCAAGGACAAGCACUACCUCACCACUCGAUCAGGCAAAGGUCGCGUGAAGCGAGUGGGAGAUGUACUUUGCUAUGACAAGGUGGAAGAUGAAGAUAGAAAGGAUGUGCUUGUGGAGUCCUUCCUGGAAAGAGCGCCAUUUCCACUGCUGUUGGAAGAUGAAGCACCGUUUCAGGUGGCUUAUUGGAUGGGCAGCACUGGGAACAACUUCGGCUUACAUACGGACAUGUUCACUGAGCAGUUCUUAUGUCAACACCAGGGCACCAAAGAAGUGCUUUUGCUUCUGCCGGAGGAUGCUUCCCUGGUGGAUCCGUUUCCCUUUCUGGAAACCACUCUCUACUACAAGUCACGCUCACGCAGCGUGAAAAAUCUGCAUCCUGGCGCAGCACGGGAAGUUUUGCGAAUAAUCAUGCAGCCAGGAGAUGUGCUAUAUAUGCCUUCGUGGUGGUGGCACGAAGUUCGUACCCUGGAAGGUCCGUCUUGUUCCACAACCUAUCGAUUUCACCUUGAGGAUGCAGAUCGAUUUCUGAAGGUGAUGAACUUAUUUUACCAGUUCCACAAGUCAGCAGCCGAGUAUGGCACUGGGCACUUGGCGAAGCAUUUGCGUUCAUUCUUCGUUCAUGCACUGCAGCCGAGCAAAAAAACUGGAGAAGGUUGGUUCAUUCCACUGGUCAGCUGCACCUUGGGCUUCGGCUUCGGAUGGCUUUGCGCAUUGAGGCCCUGCGCAGAGAUCAAUGAGCUGCUUCAGCCGGAUUUUCCGGGCGCAGUCUGGGAUGAAGUCUCAAGGCGCUUGGCGCCCUUACUGGUGCAAGCUGAAACAGGCGCGGUGCAACUGAAACGCUUGCUACAGAUCUGUGCAGAGCGAAAAGUGCCACCGGAGGAGCGAGUCCAGGUACACAAGAGGUUGGCGAAGUUUUUUUGGAGCCAGCUGGAUCCCCGGCGUCGAGUGGAGGCGUGCUUCCACUUCUUCCGCACCGGAAAUUUGGCGAGACUACUGGACACGCUGGUGGAGUGGCCAAUUUUUCAGGUCUUGGAACGCGAUCAUCGUUCUGCACUUCUGGAAUAUUGUCGUGCUGUGGGAGGAUACGCUGUCGUUCGGCGAACCCUGGCGAAGGCUGGAACAGCGCAUCGUCUUCCCCAGCGCAUCGUCGUUGGGAGAUUCCUGAGCCACGUGGGGGAGUUUGCUGCAGCCAAAGAGAUGCUGCUUGAAGCGAAGAAAGAAGCUGCUGUCAGCAAAGACCCCACGGACCUAGGGCAGGUUUGCACCCUCAUCGCAGAGAAUGAGAUUCGCUACUGGGAUUCCUUGCGCAACUGGAGCUCGCCGGGGGCGCUGAAAGAUCUCAUGGACAACUCACAAACGGCAGUGAACAUCUUUGAAGAGCAGCUUCGAUCCUGCGAUCGCAUGAGUUCUCGGGUGGACUACGCACAGGCCUUAAGUCGAUGGGCCAAUGGUUGCUUCAAGAUCUCUUGCGUGACGAACAUGGUCUUUGCGUACCGUUUCCUAGGGAAGGCGGAUGAUGCCAUCCAGAAAGUGGAGGAAUUGUUCAAGGGCUGUCCUCCAUCGAAAGUUCUGGGUCGCGCCAUUUUGGUGCGCGGUGUGGCCAAGUUGGUGCUCGGUCACAAUCGACAGCGCUACACGCUGCCCCACCGCGAAAUUCUGGUGGAGGCAUCUCAGUUGCUGAUCCGUGCGGAGGAGAUCUUGGUGAAAGCCGCCGGCGAGGUGAACGAAGGAUCCAUCUAUACGCAUGGCAACCUGGGGGAGCUGUACCUGCAUGACGUGGGGCAUGUGCCUUUGGCCUUGCUACACAACACCAAGAGUUGUUUGGUGGGUCUGAAACUUUGGGGUGCAGAGCAUCCUAACGUGGAGCGCAAGCUGCGCGAGUUCGCCGCCAUUCUGGGUGCGGUGGGUUUUUCAAGCCAUGCUCAGCCGGUGCUGGCUGGAGAUAUGCAGGCUCUGCAAGAAAUGCUGCAAAUUUUCACAUCCCAGGAGCACUUGCUGGACUUCGAUCUGCAGCAAUGGCAGCGCGAAGAGGACGCUGCGGCCUUGGAUUACGCCUCCCGCAGAUGGCCGGCUCCAGAGGAUGACUAAGCCCUAGAGGCUGGCGCUCCAAGCUGAGUUCUGAUUUCGAAAAAAA